AUGGGCGCCGCAGCGAGCGCCCACGAUGAGGCCUGCUUCGUACCCGUGGCCGUGCUCGCCUCCGACCUGACCCAGCUGCUGACAGAGCGGCCUCAGAAUACGCUGCCACUGUCGGACCUCGACGUGCUCCUCUCGGACAAAGUGAGGCAGCUCGCACAGGAGCACGGCGGACUGGCUGCCUGGUUGCGCUGCUUCCCGGGCUACUUCAAGCUCUCUGGGCAGGCGGGCAAGGAUUCCGUCUCGCUAGCCCCUGGCGUUCUGGACCCUGGCGGGGACGGGGACGGCGCGACUACGCCGCCGCAGACCGCUCGAUCCGAACCGCUCAUCACGCCGCUCAAGUCAGCUCCAGGACUUCGCUGA